AUGGAUGACUGCCACCGCGAGUUUACCGAAAGCCAGGAAUUCCACAGGCUCUAUGCCUUCCUGCUGUUCACCACGGGUCUAUGGAUCUCAGGCAAGCUUUUUGCCCGCGCGGGCAUGCCUGCUCUGAUCGGAGAGAUUGCAGUGGGCAUCCUUGCUGGGCCCCACGUGCAAAACGUCGUCCCAGAAGCGGACGCUUUGAUUUUGGAGGGCGAGCUGGCACUGGUUCUGCUGAUGAUAGAAGCAGGCCUCCACGUGGACAUGGAAAUGAUCAAGAUCGUCGGCCUGCGUGCCCUGGUGGUGGGCCUGGUUGGUUCCUUCCUUCCUAUGGGCCUAGGCAUGCUGGUGGCGCGCACCAUCUUGAAGCUGGGGAUGAUGCCGGCCUUUGCCAUUGGAGCCUCCUUUGCGACAAUGUCCACGGGCAUCGCGCUGAAUGUGAUGAAAGCUGGCGGUGUCUUGAACCAACCGACUGGCCAGCUUGUAUUGGCAGCUGCCACGGUGAACGAAUUGAUCAACAUUGCGUUGAUCACAGAGAUUGAUGCUAUUGUUGAGGAUGGACCAUGGCACACCUACGUUGUGCCAAUAGUGGUGAUGUUGGUGCUGGUGCUGUUCAUGAGCGUGCUUGCUGUCAAAGUUGUACCUUGCAUGCUGGACAAGGUUGUGCUGCCGAGAGUACGGCCAAGCAAUCGGCAGAACGUGGUUCUUGGGUUGCUUCUGGUCGCCACUGUCGUGUACAUGCCGGUGUGUAAGCUCACCGGUUCCUCUGCACUCCUGGGCGCGUUCCUGGCGGGCUUCUGCUUUUGCACAGAUGAAGCCGUCCACAACACCUGGAAGCGGCAAGUGAAGCGUGUAGCCACCUUUUUGAUGCGGUACUUCUUCGCUUGCAGCAUCGGCUUUACGGUGCCAGUAGAAGACUUUGGGAGCGCCCAAGUUUGGAUGAAGGCCGGAGCGCUGCUUAUGUGCAUUGUCGGAAAGCUUUGCAUGGGGGUCUUUGCGAUGCCCCUGACGCUGAACGAGUUUCUGACUUUGAGUUUUGCUUGGGGCAGCUGGGGCGAGUUCUCCUUCAUCCUGGCCUUGCGUGCCAUGCGGGGCAACCUCUUGGAAGGACAGGACUAUAGCGCUCUGGUGCUGGCAGUUCUGAUUUCCAUUCUGGUUUGCCCCACUGCCUUGCGCUGCGUUCUCUCGCGAAGCGAGCAAGAAGCAAAGAAAAACAUCGAGGAAGCAAAGAACGACACGGCAUCCUGUGAAGCAGGAAUGGUUCACUCAGUCUAUUACUGUUUGCAGACGCGCUCUCAUGCACAGUGGGGUCAGCAGGCCGCUCUGUUGUCAGCACUUGCAGAGGCUGGGUGCAAGAUCGUGGACUUCCGAUCCUUUCACCCCUUCAGUGAUGUUGGAGCGCAGCACAUCGUAAAUGAGCUGUACUUGAAAGAUCUGCGCUUGGAGCUGGUAUUGGAGGAGCAGCUGUUGCCGGAGGACCAGGAGCGGCUGAACCACCGUACGAAGCAAAUCCUGCAUUUCGUUCUUGCUGCUCUGCGUGAAGCCGAAGUCAAGAUCUUGAGAUGGCAGCCUGGCGAAGGCACAACGGAACUUAUAGAGGAGAUGCACCACACAGGUGCUCCGUACUCAACUGAAGUCCCGGUGCGGUCCUUGAGAAGGGGAGGAAGUCCAUUGGAGCAGAUAGCGGCGCAGCAAGCCCAUGAAGAGAUGCAGAGGAAUCAGAAGAUCAUGAUGCGCAGGCACAGUCAGGCCACAAUGGCCACAGACCCUUUGGAUGACUAUUGCUUUCCAGGCACCCCGAGGGCACAUCAUGAACUGGAUGGCUGGGUGCACACGGAGGCACACGACGCCUUUGAUUUGGCACAGCGCUCCCGGCAGAAAGACUUCGCCAAGACUUUCCCCGAGUUCUCGCGACUGAGGGCCAGGCCCACAGCCGUCCUCCGCCAGAACUCGCGCGUGGAGAGCCGUGCCGCCGAGCUGGAGCGGGCACUGCGCCCGGAGCCGUCUCGAACGGAGCUGGCCAACGUGGACAGCUCCAACCGCGACGAGUGGUUCCAGAAGGAUGCGGACAGCAUGACUUCGAAGCUGGAAUACCUCACCAAGCAUGCGCGCCUGGAGCACUUGUCAGAGGAGCACCGGGGAGAGGAGGAGGCCUUAGCCAAGGAGGAGCGAAGGCGGCAAGAGGAGGAGCGAAGGCUGCGCCAGCGCGAGAGGUGGGCGCGAGAUCCUCAGCGCAAGGUUGCCCAGAAGGUGGAAGACCGGCGCCGGUUUGGAUGGGACGGGAUCGAGCAGCACAUCCCCGUGCAGGAGAUUGAGGUGGGCGCAUCUAGGAGGAAAGUUGGUAUGGUGGACGUGGGCGGCCUGAAAGCCCGCUGCAAGCUGCUGCGGGACAAUCUAUCUGUUGAGGACCUCCUGCAAAAGCGUAGGCGGGAGGAGUAUUAUGAGCAAGGCGAGGCUGAAAGAUAUCAUCGGGUGCCCAGGGCUGCACGACUCCAGGCAGAGCUCACCCAAGCUGCGGUCUCUUUAGGCGGCCUACCCACGAAGCAUGGCCUGAUCCUGGACCUGGGUGCAGGCGGUGGCCUCAGUACCCUUACCUUCCAGGCCUUAGCCGGGGGCGCAGCAUACGUCCUGGCAUUUGACACCAGCGCCCACAUGUUCACCACGGAGAUUCAGGAGUCAUCUCUGUCAGGGAUCCGGGUCCAACCCACUGGCGGGUCCGAAGGCGACUGCGACGUGAGCGACGGCUUGGUUUGGGUUGCAAGGCGCAGUGACCGAGUGCUGGCAGACAUGUCCCAGCCACUCCCGUUGCGUGCGGGGGUUGCUGAUGGUGUCCUUUCUGUGAGCGCGGUGCAAUGGCUCAUCAACCCACGGACUGCACCUGCUUCCCCUUCAGCAACGCCAAUGAAAGUUGAGCCCAUUCCGACCAGCAUCCCACAGGGCAAGCUCCACACAUUAUUUGCAUCAUUGCACAAGGUCACGACGGACCAAGCAAAGUUGGCGAUGCAGUUCUAUCCCCCCAAGGGUGACCAUGAUUUCGGCGCCAGGGCGCUGUGCGACGCUGCCCGGGAAGAGUCCUGGGGAGCAGACGUGGUUUUGGACUUCCCGCAUCAUCCGUCCUCCUUGGCCAAAAAAUGGUUUCUUGUGGCAGGCCGGGGAGGCCGCGAUUCCGCCAGCCCAUGGUGCGCCCUUUGCUGGCCCGUGGUGGCGGCGCGUUGCGCGCUCACGCUGCCAGCAAGUUUGCCUCAGGAGCGCGCCCGGCAACAGCACGCAGAGCUGGCGCUGCGCUUGGUGCGCUGCGGGCGCCGGCUGCGAAGCGAGGAGGAGGCCGAGGUGCAGCGCCGGUUGCUGCAGCAGCUCCACCCCCUGCAGGUGCAACUUGCCAAGGCCCUGGACCGCGCGCUUGAAUCCGAAAGCUGCGAAACGCCGAGUUCCAAGCGGGCGAAACGCACCCCGGAAACCAAGACCGAGCUGCGGAGCGUUGUGUCUGCUUCCUUGCCGCAGCUGGUGAGCAUCCUCCAUACGCCACCCAGUGAGGAAUGGCUGAAGCCGCCUUUGCCUCUGGAUUCGGCCGGAGUGGCCGAUGGGAUUUGA